GUCUUCUCGGGGGCGUGCCACGCCCCUUACGUCGCGACGCUCAGUCGGCCUCGGGAGGUGCAGCUUUCGCAGCCUUAGAAGGAAGGAGGUCCGUUGUGUGAAGAGGCUGCUAUGGUGCUGAGCUCCCAGGUAGAGCCGACCGAGCCGAGGCGGUCGCGGCCAUGAAGGCGGGUGCUACUUCUAUGUGGGCUUCAUGCUGUGGGCUGCUGAAUGAAGUCAUGGGAACUGGAGCUGUCAGAGGCCAGCAGGCGGGAUUUCCAGGAAGCACUGGCCCAUUCAGAUUCACACCAAGCUCUGACUUUCCCACCUACCCACCAGCAGCUACUGAAGGGCCCAAUAUAGUUUGCAAAGCCUGUGGACUUUCAUUUUCAGUCUUUAGAAAGAAGCAUGUCUGCUGUGACUGCAAGAAGGACUUUUGCUCCCUGUGCUCAGUCUCCCAAGAAAACCUCCGCAGAUGUUCUACUUGUCACCUCCUACAAGAGACGGCCUUCCAGCGCCCUCAGCUGAUGCGACUGAAAGUGAAGGACCUACGGCAGUAUCUCCUCCUCAGAAACAUCCCAACUGACACGUGUCGUGAGAAGGAAGACUUGGUAGAUCUAGUGCUGUGCCAUCGUGGCCUCGGCUCAGGGGACGACCUGGACUCAAGUAGCCUGGAUUCCUCACGGUCCCAGACUUCUAGUUUUUUUACACAAUCGUUUUUUUCAAAUUAUUCAGCCCCCUCUGCUACUGUGUCCUUCCAGGGAGAGCUCAUGGACGGAGAUGGGACCUUCAGAUCAGAAGUUCUGGCACAGGUACAGAGUGAAAUAGCUUCAGCAAACACAGAUGAUGAUGAUGAAGAAGAAGAUGAAGAAGAAGAUGAUGAUGAUGAUGAACAAGAAGAAGAAAACUUGGAGGAACAGAACCCGGGACUGUCUAAGAAGAAAGCGAGAGCCUCACUGUCUGACCUGUCGAGCCUUGAAGAGGUAGAGGGGAUGAGUGUGCGCCAGCUGAAGGAAAUCCUGGCUCGGAAUUUUGUCAACUAUUCUGGCUGUUGUGAAAAAUGGGAGCUGGUAGAGAAAGUCAACCGAUUGUACAAAGAGAAUGAAGAAAACCAAAAGUCAUAUGGUGAACGGAUGCAACUUCAGGAUGAGGAAGACGACAGCCUGUGCCGAAUCUGCAUGGAUGCAGUUAUUGACUGUGUCCUGCUGGAAUGUGGGCACAUGGUCACCUGCACCAAGUGUGGCAAACGUAUGAGUGAGUGUCCCAUCUGCCGGCAAUAUGUGGUUCGAGCUGUGCAUGUUUUCAAGUCCUGAAAUUGAGGCCCCCCUGCAGUGGGACACUCAUGUGACUUUAUCCCAAACAUUUCAGUGCACAAAAGGGACUGGAAACUUACUGUUCCAAGGCAGAAGCUAUUUUUAAAAAUUAUUUUCAUUACUGACUGAGGACAGAAAGUUCACCCUAAGUUGAAGAAACCUGGGCUGUGCUGUAGGCCCAUCUGCCUGUGGACACAUGGCUUUCCUAGGUUCUGCUGGGUUGUAUCACUUGUCUCCUCUGUGCACUCGCUGCUAAAGUCAGACUGUGCAGUGUGUGGGUAUUUGCCCUUGCUCUUUGGAGGCCACUCAGCCUGUCUCUUACUUUCCCUUUAUCCCAUGUUUGAAACUUUCGUUCUCUUUGAAGUGAACUCACUGUUCCUGAGUAGGCUACUGUGGACUAUACUGAGCAGUAGCUGCUCUGAAUGUUCAUUUGAUUAGUCCUGUGUAUUUUAAAUGCUAAUAUUUAAUGAAUGUAAGUUUCCACAUCGUUGCUAUUUCUGCAUUUAAACAUAAUUGGGAGACAAUUGACAUUCGAUAGUCACCUGCCAGGGCCUUAGACUAAGUAUGUCCAUCUCUGUUCAGGUACAGCUUUUACUA